CUACAUUUUUAUUUUAGUUUGUGUUGAAAAGUAAACUUGGAAGGACGGAUAAAUAAGUAAUAUUGCUGAUUUUCACCUUUUUUUAACACAAAAGCAGCCUUAAAUUUUGUUAAAAUGGAAGAUAACUUAGUGAAGCAGGCUGAAGAAGUAGAGGCUCUUAGCUCUAUAUACGGAAGCGACUGGACAACGGAGAGCGAAGCAUCAAGAUCAUACUCGAUCAGAGUAGAGGAUAAUAAAAGGGAGUGUAUUUUGUAUGUGACCAUGCCAGAAGGCUACCCUGGGGAGUCACCUCCGAAAUACGAGUUGUCGGCUCCCUGGAUGGAGAGAAAGGAUAAAGAAAAGCUACACCAAGCUUUGGACGAAGUUUACUUAGAAAAUAUAGGUGAAACAGUAAUAUUCCAGUGGGUGGAGAAAAUAAGGGAAAUAAUGCAGAACAUCAAGUCAGUGGAGACCCAGAAGAAAAAAGAGAAAGCUCCCAUAGACACUUUGGAUCUGACAGAGUUAGAAAUCAGUUGUCCAGAUAUAACACACGGUGAAGUGAUCCAGGACAGGAAGAGCUCCUUCCAGGGACAUGCAGCUGAGGUGCAUUCUAUGAGCGAUGUCAAUGCCGUGUUAGCAAAACUAAAGCAGAACAAGAAGAUUCUGAACGCGACACACAACAUGUACGCAUACAGGAUCGAGCGUAAGACGGAGCGCGGUGUGUCCGUUCUGCAAGACUGUGACGACGAUGGAGAGGCACAUGCGGGGGGCCGCAUGCUGCACCUACUGCAGAUACUCGACCAGAAGAACACACUCGUUGUCGUGUCCCGGUGGUAUGGUGGCAUACAGCUGGGGCCGGACAGAUUCCGGCACAUCAACAAUGCCACAAGACAAGUAAUACAACAAGCUGGUCUACUGAAGAAAUGACGUUCAGCUCACUCUUAGACUGUGACACAGAGACUUUUAUACAGUUUUGUAUAUCUUUGUAAGGCGACAAUGCCUAUCUUGGGUUCAUGCAGUCAAUAUUCUCAGACUACUAUUUUGUAGACUUAUACAUUGAUGUAUAUAUGGUUAAGUGUUUACAAAACAAAAAGUAAGUUGCACGCGCGGGACGGCACCUGGGUCGCGCGAAUAUUAUAUCGAGGGCUUCGCUGCGACUAUCGGUCGAAACCCUCAAUAUAAUUCGCGUCUGGAGCAUUCUGCAACUUGUUUUUUUUUGUGUUAGUGGGUGUCUAAUCCUGAAUUAGAAUUCAAUUAUAUUACUUAUACAAAAAUUUAAAUUGGAUGGUACUAGCAAGCUACCUUGCAUCUGAAAAUAUGAAUUGAUUUUUAACUCUUGUAGAAAAUGUGUCCUCAAAGUUAUGAUGUAUGAAUAUGGAUCUCUUGUAAAUAAAUCUUGUUUAUUAUGUUAAUAAAA